GGUGAAAUGUAUUUAAAUGUAGGGGUUGGAGAUUGAAGGGGAGUUGCCUGAGAAAAAGACUUGUUAUGAAGGAGUAUUUUAUAAUUACUUUAGCAUAGGAAUGGAUGCUCAGGUGGCUUACGGCUUUCAUCAUUUACGUAAUGAGAAACCUUACCUGGCACAAGGACCAAUUUCUAAUAAGCUGAUCUAUUAUGGUUAUAGUUGCGGUCAAGGUUGGUUCUUUACACCUUGUACAAGUGAUCCACGAUUAAGGGGACUAACAAAUAUUUUAAGGCUGCAUGUCAAAAAGGUCAAUUGCUCAGAAUGGGAGCAAAUUACUGUUCCGUCAAGUGUAAGAGCUAUUGUUGCUUUAAAUCUUCAUAACUAUGGAAGUGGAAUUUUCUCUUUGUUUGUUUAG